CACUCCUGACCCCGUGACCCGGAAAUAACCAAAGUCGCGAACGAGCGACAUAUUUUCAUUCAUAAAGUAGAAAACGGGUUGGAUAAUUUAUCAAAAACAAUACAAAUUAACCGACUACGGUUUGAGCGUAAACGCAAACAUGUUUUACCAUAUUUCUUUGGAGCAUGAAAUCUUACUACACCCGAGGUACUUUGGCCCUAACCUCCUCAACACCGUGAAGCAGAAGCUUUUUACAGAAGUGGAGGGAACCUGCACUGGCAAGUAUGGCUUUGUCAUCGCAGUCACUACCAUCGACAACAUCGGGGCGGGUGUAAUCCAGCCGGGGAGAGGGUUUGUCCUCUACCCCGUCAAGUACAAGGCCAUCGUGUUCCGCCCAUUCAAAGGGGAGGUGGUUGAUGCUGUGGUCACUCAGGUUAACAAGGUUGGAUUGUUCACAGAAAUUGGUCCCAUGUCCUGCUUUAUCUCUCGCCAUUCCAUCCCCUCAGAAAUGGAGUUUGACCCAAACUCCAAUCCUCCUUGUUAUAAGACAACUGAUGAGGACAUUGUAAUCCAACAAGAUGAUGAGAUCCGGCUGAAGAUUGUGGGAACAAGGGUUGACAAGAACGACAUUUUCGCAAUUGGAUCUCUUAUGGAUGAUUAUCUGGGUCUUGUCAGCUGAUUCGCCUCAAAAGGAGCACAUUACACAUGGGACAUUUUAUGUCAUAGUUAUUUCUUGGUCAAAAGUAUUCAUUUUUCUUAAGUGAUUUGUAUGUUGUCAGGAGUUUUGACAUAAUUUCAUUUGUUUUUUCAUUGGAAUAGGUGAAUGAUUGCUAAAUUCAUAGCAAAACUGCAUAGGCUACAAUGCAGAAGCGGAGCCUAAUAUUAAUGUACUCUAAUUUUAAUGUAGAAUUCAUAAUUUCUAUCUGGACUAUCAUUUUUUUGUACGCUGAGUGUAAUAAAACUAUUUUAUUUGUUAAA